AUGACGAUAGAAAACUCUUCUGAGGAGAGGACUACUUCUAAGGCAGACCCCAGUAAAUCUAAAGGCAGAACAAAAAUCCCAGAAAGCAAAACUAAUAGUAGGUAUAUGCAAGUAGUGACAAGUGCAUUUAAUGAAGCUAUUAUUGAUUCACCUACUUUUAGAGCUUCGGUCAAUUACUAUGAUACCAAAGUGAAUGAACUUCAAGAAUGGCUAGGAAGUACCUUAGAUUACAUCGAGUAUAAUUACACUAAACCAAAGGCUGAUAUUCAAAAAGCACAAAAUAUUCUGGUACAGCGUAUUCUACCUAGUCCUACUUUGUUAAGUAAUGGUUUGGUAUCGAGUCAAUCUCAAGCACCCAGUAUGGCAGAAGAAUUUGGAAAGAACUAUUCGGAGUUUAUCAGUACUUUGGAAGGCAUUUCACUCCUUGAAGAAAAAAGUUAUUCCGAGACUUUGCUAGGCUUGCAAGUUGGUGCCAUUGAACCGUAUCUUGCAAAACGUAGAACUUUUGAAGAAUGUCAAGAAAAGUAUGAUAAUAUGGUUACUCAAAUUCUAUCCAAACCUGGGUCAAAUUCAAAUAUUAAGGCAUCUUAUUUAAAAGAUGAAGAAGAAAAACUGUUUGCAUUAAAGAAGGAAUAUGUUGAGGCCUCUUUUACGUUGGUUUGGGCGAUUAUCACUUUGAGACUGGGAAUGGAUAAAUUUAUGGUAGAAAUUAUGGGACAAUUUAAUAAAAAAAAUGUCUACACUUUCAAAGAAGAUGGGAAACAAAUAAAUUUAUCGCCCAUUAUUAAUCAGCGUUUCCAUAGUUAUUUCAAAUGGGUUAAAUACUCUAUGUCUUCCUUCAAAACCAUUCACGAGAAUAUGUCUAGGGGGAAAGAACGAGUCUACAAGGGAUUGUUGAAGGAAAUUACACCUUCGACGGACCAAAAGGAUUACAUCUUAUCAAGUUUGGAAGGAUUUAGAAAUAUAUCGGCAACUAGUUACAUGGAUGAACCAGUAAUGAAAAAUGGUUGGCUCUUAAUGAAGACUAGCGUUGGACCCUCUGCUCAUACACUUUGGGUGAAAAGGUGGUGUUCUGUAGAUGAAUUUAUGUUUGGAAUGUUCUUAUUAUCAGCAAACAAGGCUUAUGUAGAGGAGACAGAUAAAUUUGGAAUUUCAUUGAUUAAUUUGCAAUACCCCAUCGAAUCUAAUAGAAGAUUUUGUUUCAAUUUGGAAAUUGCGAGAAGAAAUGCUAAAGCAAGCCCAAUGGUUAUUACAUUUCAAGCUAAAAAUGUUUCUCAAUUGAGAGAAUGGAUCCUAGCUUUCACUAAGUCAAAAUUGAAGUUUGAAGCUUUUAUGAAGGAUAAAUCAAAGAGGGAUGAAACAGCAUGUGGUCUUAGAAGAUACUCUCCAAGGUUUGUAGAAUUUGCUUCAUCAGCUAACACAUAUUACGAUCAAAUUCUUACGACAAAGGAUACUGAUACGAUAUCACUAAUUGAAUCAUUAAAGGGGAUACUGAAACCUGAACAAAUUACAGAUACUAUCGAACAAAAAACACAAGCACAUAAAGCCAUUUCUACACCUUCGCAAACACAGCUAACCCCAUUGGCACUUCUAGCUGGUCCGUUCAGAGAAAAAUCUUACAGAAUGUUAGAUGCUAUCCAAGCAAAUAUUUGGGGGUUAAAUCCUUUGAAUCAAAAUGGUGCUGUUUCCACUAGAGAUAGUGAUCCAAUCCCUAUUCCCGGUCACACAAAGCCAAAGAAACUUGUCUUCCCUAAGAAUUAUACUGACGAGCUUAAAGUUGACUACCUCCAAUUUAAAACACUUUAUGAAUCCAUCAAUUAUAAUUAUUCCAAAAAAUAUUUAAGUAAUGUGAACGAAUAUGUGCUUUUAAAAUUUGCAGACUUUUGGUCUCUUGGAGAUGGUCAAAUUUUUAUGGGUAUUUGUUAUAUCACUAAGAAAUACAUGUAUAAUUACCUAUCUGCAGGUGGUCUAUUUCAUUUAUCAAGACUUCCAAUAAAUGGGUAUGAAGGAGCAGAAUUCACUGAGAAGAAUAAAAACCUAAUAUGUGUUCGUCAAAAAGGAGGUGCUAAAAUCACCCUUACUGUACCAUUUUGUAACUACAGAGCAGUAGCUUCAAAAAUUCAAUAUUUAAUUGAAUUGAAUGAAUCAAAAAUUGAUAAAUCUGUUGAUGACAUAUUAGCAAAGUUUAAUAAUAUCGAUAGAGUAUAUGACGAAAUAGCUCAGAAAGAAGAACUGAUUAAUGAUUCUGGAACUAAUAAUUUGAUUAAAACUGAAUAUAACCUAGGUAAAACGUUUUGGAACAUGGAUCCAUCGGAAGAAGAGAUUAAGGAGAAAAUUUAUGGGAUUCAAAAUAAUUUUGGAAAGACUUACGUCAGAAGUUAUAAUGUCCCCAGUAAAGCUCUACUGCAUAUAAUGUUUGGUGACCACUCGAAUGUGUUCCCCAAUUCAUUAUUCUUGGCUGACAAAGAGAGUAAUUAUAAUAAAACAAUGUAUUGGAAACAAGUUCAAGAUUCUAAUAAUAAAAUCGAAUUGGAAAGAACUAUUCAGUUUAAACAAAAUAGAACCAACAACUUUGUUGCUGAUAAAGAAAAAUUUGUGGCACUAAAACAGCGUAUUACGGAAAUGGUAGAAAAUAGAUAUUACGAAAUUGAGCAAGAGCCAAUGAUACUGGAUAUUUCUUUUUGUAGACCUUUAAAAUUGACAGUAUUGUAUAAUAUCACUGAGUCUCCAGAUGCAGAAAAUCGUGCUGCCUCAAAACUUCACUUAUCGAAUAAGGGAUGUCGUUUAUAUGUUCAUUAUAAACUGGAAUUUUUAAAAGCUGGUGAUAUAUGUUUCUUUGAAAGGUACACCCAAAAUCUUGUUUUCCAGAUAACAGAAAUGGAAUUCAGCUUUAUUAGAAGAUCAAUACACUAUUAUUUGGAAAAGAUUGGGUCUCAUGGACAAGUUACAAAGGCUAUCAAGCUUGGUGGUUUACUAGGUGUCUCUAUGAACGAUAAAAUCCGAUAUGAAAAGAAUGAAAGCAUACCUAGUACUGAUGACUUCCAACUUCCCGGACAAUUAAGUGGGGAUGAAUCAGAAUCCACGAAGAAUGACAGUGCAGACAAUAAUCCAAACGGGAUGAUUGAUUUCAAAACUACAGACAAUGAAAAGAAUGAAGGCACCAGUGUAUUGAGUGUGAAGUAUGACAGCCUACCAGUAGUAAGAUAUGAUUGGAAUUUACUAAGCAAAAUAUCUUUCACACUAGUAAUUUAUAGGAUAAUAAACGUUGUUUUUAUUUUUUUGAGGUUCAUUUUGCUCGCAAUCUCGUUUGGUAUAAAAUGCAUCAAAUACAUCAAUUAUGUCUUGUUAUGUGGAUUGAGUAUUUCGAUUGUAUUGAACGUAAUGUUAACUUCAAGAUCUACUAUUUCAUACUGGUCUGUUAGAAAGGCGAACCAUAUUUUUGAGAAUGCUCUAAAGAGUAAAGAUAAUGUAUCCCAGACGAAGAGUAUUUCAUUAAAAGAUUUGGAAAUUUUAACUGACUAUUUAAGUGGUUCUAAUAGUGAUAUUGUAUUUGCAAAAUAUAAAGAACAGUCUGUGUCGAAGGAGAAUAAAUACAGAAAGACUAGAUCCGAGAUUGGUGUAAGGAGAAAUGAUCUGCUAAUCGAACUUCGGAUGUUACAAGGAAUGGAAAAGGAAUUAGUUCAAGGUGAUUAUAGGUCCUUCUUAAUGGAAGAAAUUGAAAACUGUAAGAGGGUUACGGUUGAAUAUCCGUUACUUUGGGAGGAUGAUGAGCAAUUGCAAAACUAUUGCAAUAUAUGCUAUGAGGAGUACGAAAAUUUAAAUAUUGAAAUUCUGUAA